GUUUCAAAAAGAUUCGAUUUUGGCAACGGAUCUAUCGAGAACGAUUGGGCGAACAGCCAUGAACGCAGUUCCAAGGUCAAUGGCGAAGAAACUGGAGGCUAAGAAGAAGCCAGUGGCAUCGCAUCCGCUGAAGGAGCUCAACAGAGGUACCUUUCUUCCUCCUCCAGCCCCUCCUAUUGGCGCCGCCGGGGCAUCCAAAGGUGGGUGCUUUAGAUUCUUUGAUUCCUCUGCUAAAGAAUCGCCCGCCCGAUCCAAGCCGGUGACGGGAACUCCCCGUUCGGCGCCUUCGAACACAAGGAAUGCAACCUUCAACCCCAAGAACACCGCGAAGGCUUCCGUGUCUCGGACCUCCCAAAAGGGCGCAUCAAGAUCUGGUUUUGGGGUUCCUAAGCAGAUUGUUUCAGGCAAAUUCAUCAAACAAUCAAACACUGAUCUACUCCAGAAGUGGAGUAAGAGGAAACCUAGCUCUGAUGUAAAAGAUCCCUCCCCAAAAUUCGAUCUUCAGCCUGUGGGUUUAUGUCCGGCUUCUUCUCCUAAAAGAACUCUGCUAAGCUUCAACGCUCAUGAGGAAGCAGAUGAAGAGAAGCAGAUGCUGACGACCACACCGACUUCGACCACCACUCCUCCCGUUGAAGCUUCCAUUUCGCCGGAGGUCCCCAUGGAUAACCCCUCAAUCACACCUGUGUGUUUUGCUGCAGGCCAUGUGAUCGUCGGAGUGCACGACCGACGAAAAUGUAGACCUAGAGGUAUUCUCUCCAUCGGUGGAAGACAGCUGGAGAUUCCAGAGGUCAGCCGCAGAGUUUCCGAUCCGACUAGGGUUUCUGUGACACCUCCGCCACUAUCGGGUGCUUCCAUCCAUUGGCUAUCUUCGCCUCCAGAGAAUGCAAAUUCCGGUCAUCGUCGCAGUCUUAGUUCUAGUUCUAGAAUUCGUGUGGCUCAUUGUCCUGCUGAUUCUUGGAAGUUGUCUCCUAGUAAUUGUAGCAGUGGUAAAUCACCGGAGCUUUCGGGAUUGCUCGGUCUCAAUUCUCCAUGCUUGGAAACAACACCAUCAUCUGGUGUUAUGGUUCAGAGAACUCCUAGCAGUGGUGGGAGUGUUAGUCCCUUCUCUUUGAUCCUAGAGAGAAUUGCAAAGACAUCCAGAAGAAAUAAUCAUCUGUAUUUGAUCGAAGACCAUGUUACCGGCACGCCUUCAACACAUUCCAGUUCGAUAAAUAGCAACGGUUUCAGUGACUUCAAGGUCGAUGCAGCUGCAAAUGUUCUAAAAAAUGUUAGCUUGUCAUCAAGGCAGCAGCAAAAGCACAAUGCGAGCUGUCAAACAACAUUCUCUGGGCUUAGUUUCCAGUUUGGAUCGGUCGAAACUUCCUCGAACUCAGUAGAUUUGAACCGUUUCCAGCAUCCGCCGCCGGGCAACAAUUGCGCUGAAGAAGAAGUUCUGGGAGGUGCUGAAACAAGGAUAUCUUGGAGAGAAGGACUGAUGAGUAGGAUCUUUGAGAUGGGCAACUUGGAUGGUUAUCGAUGGUUUUCAGACGAUGAGGAGGAUCUCAAUUGCCUCGAAGAAGAUAGAGUAGGAUUGAUAUCUGAUCUUAAGUUUGACAUGGAAAGUAGUAGUGCCAAUGUAGAGAAUUCAAAUGAACACAAUGCAGCUGGUUUUGGAUCCAUCGAAUUUGUGUUCGAAGCUGAAAAAGGUGGAGCUAAAGGUCCUGCACAAGGACCCAUCUUGUCUGCAGAAUCCAUUAGCAUGGAGGGGAUUGGGCUCACCGCCUCUGAUGAUUCCGACUGGACAUUUUCGUACCAAAACCACUUGUUUGAAGUAAAGCUUGAGUUGGCUACUGCGGGUUGCUUGUCCCAUGAGGUCUUGGAGUCGAAUCUCUGCGGGACAUAAAUCCUUACAAUCUGUCUAAACUCACCCCGCCUAUUACUUGCAUUCUAUUGGAAAUUAUGCCCACUUAGGGGUAUUUUGGUAAUAUCGCUUGUGAGAUCAUGAGUGGUUAUUCCUAUGAUCUUAUUUCUCUAUGAUUCCCACAACAAAGUAAUGGGAGAAAUGGGUAAGGCAAGUAUGCACUAUAUAAAGAGCACAUUGCAGAAAGAAAGACAAA